AUGUCAUCAAUUGACUACGCGAACUACAAAUUGGCCAGCGCUGCUAGUGGUGCUGGACCGCGGAUGCGAGGCUUAAUGCGUGUCCCCCCAUCUGAACAAAUGAUGGCCGGCACAAGUCGCAUGGGCAGGUGCAGGCAGUACCGUCCAGUCAUGCUGAAUCAAGAUGAGGUGACUGACACUGUCAGUUGCGGUAGUGGUGAUUAG